AUGGGCUCCACCCGUCAUGCACCAACUGCGCCAGCAGUUGUCAAGUCAUCUUCACCUACUGAGCAAGGAAUUGCCAAGUCUCGUCAUCGACUGGAGCCAUCACCUUUGCCUUUGCCCCUGCAGCCUGUCGAGCAUGCCACAGACACGGGUUAUGCCUUGAACCUGCCACCCGCUGUCACGCACAAACCGUCACCUACGAAGACACGUCGAGGGUCAGGUGUUUCGUUAUCUGGAGGAGGAAAGCUGGGCUUCGUCUCCAUAACGGCCCCUGUCCCACCAUCAUUCCCUACGGAUUCUCCUACAAAGAAAACACCUUCCAAUCCAUACGCGUAUCCCAUUACAUCUACAACGUCGAUGCCGCAGUCGGCCUUGUUCACGACAUUUCCCAGCGUCAACCCCGACAGGCUCUCCUCAAAACAGAGUCAGCCCAUAGACGAGCCACCCAGUGAUAAUUUCGCGGAUUUUCCUGAACCAUCAUUCCACUCUAGGACCCAAUUGAAAAGGACGCUCAUGGACGCGGCUCCAUUGAAGGAGCGACCCGCGAAAAGGCCGAAACGCGAAGACACUAUCUCUAUGCGUUUACCCGAGCCACAUGAAAUGCCCCCUAUAGAAGACGACGGCACGAAACCGCCGUAUAGUUAUGCAACACUAAUUGGGAUGUCUAUUCUACGCGCAUCAAAUAGACGGCUGACCCUUGCACAGAUCUACAGGUGGAUUUCAGACACGUUCUCAUAUUACAAGAACAGUGAUCCUGGUUGGCAGAAUAGCAUCCGGCACAAUCUCAGUUUGAACAAGGCAUUCAUAAAGCAGGAACGGCCUAAGGAUGACCCAGGGAAAGGCAACUACUGGGCCAUUGAACCUGGGAUGGAAGCACAAUUCCUAAAAGACAAACCUCUACGACGUGCUACGAUGUCUAGUAUCCCGCUUCCGGCUGCCCCCCAAAGGGAACUUGCGCACUCACAGAGCUCUGCCACAGCCACAUGGACAGUUCCAUCGUCUACCCAUCCUCCCAUAGUACCGAAGACUUCGAAGAAUGUGGAUUUGUCCUCCGACGCGACGCUACCUGCUUCGGACCCCGCCCUCCAGGAUGACACAGGUGAUGAAGGAGUGAGCAGGCCUACUACACAGACCCUCCCACCACGGUCUUCUCCGCCGCAGACUAUACACUCAUCACCUCCGAUUGUGCCACCUCGUUUCAUCCGCCAGGGAACCCCGCCUACUCCAUCUCAGGGUGUUACGUCAACAGGGGUCGUUUCUCGCUCUAGAAAGCGGAAGUCAGCUGGCAUAAAUGAUAGCGGUUAUUUUUCUUCUUUGGAGUCGUCCGCAAUGCGACCAAACAAAGCCGGACACAUACUCACAUCAGACUUGGAUAUCGAACCUCCUCGUAUCAAGCGUGGCCGAGCAGAGGAAGAGAUCGCUCGGAUUAGAAGUUCUUCUCAUGAUAUCAGUCCAGGUCAUUCUGGUACGCUGAAAGACGCUGGGCUUAUCAAGCCUGCAAAACCCCCACCGUCAGUCUCCCCUAACACCAAUCUUCGAAACCACCGCAAGAAAAUCCAGCAGAUGGUCAAUUCCCCCAUUAAGCAUCUCGGUCUCACAGACGAAGAUCUACCAUGGAGCCCGGCCUUUAACAUUCAGGAUGAAACCUUUACGCCGAAUGAUAAUCUCCACACUACCUUUGACGUAUUUGCGGAUACUGCCACGGAUAACAUUUCAACGCCAGCAUAUGGUUCACCAGGGAAGCGUUCCGCGAAACGUUCAAGGAGUGAUGCGAGUGGCUCAAACGGCGGCGUGCUUGCCGAUAUCACCGCUAUGAGUGUGAACAGUCGCAUCGGCCUGCCUUCGUUUUCGUCUUCAAGCAAAACGAAAGGCCUUCUCUUCCCCGAUUCACCAUCGAAAGUCCCCGAAUCCGGGCGCUUUAUAGAUGCUACCCAUGAUGACUUUUUCUCAUUCCACCUUUUUGAUGAGAGCCCUGGAGAGGUAGAUGGUGUUGACCUUUUGCAAGGGUUUCAGAAAAUCGGCAGCGGAAGCAAAGAAGAACCAUCGAAACCCAGAUCGCAAGUGCCUAGGCCGCAGCUGAAUCAUCGGAGCAAUAUGCCAUUAUUUUGA